GGAGGGUUUGGAAGGAUCCCUCUCCUGCCAAGAAUAACCUUAUAGUAAUUCUUUGUGAACCUUCUUUUGCCAACAAAUGAGCUGAAUCUGCUGUCCUUCAUGCAUUUUCUUUCAGCCUCUUAACUUGCCGGUCAAACCGGUUGAACUGUCUUUUUUUAUGUUGGCCGCGUCGGUUCUGUUGUUGGUCCUUUAAUACUUUUGGCCUACACCGACCUGCAAGACCUGUGGGUCGACCACGGAUCUAGUGGGUUGAAGAUGAAACGUUGACAGAGCGGGGUUAAAGUACAUACAUGAAACAUUGAGAGGAGGAUUGUCUGAGAUUGUGCUUGAAGGCGAUUCCGAGGUGGUUGUGCAGCAAUUUGGAAACCUAGGUUAGUUCAAAAUUUGAAAAUAAUUGAUUUAUCUAUCUCGAGAAUUGAAGUGGGCCUAUAACACUUAUGGAACUGAAGUGUGAACAAGAUCUAUAGCAAUGAGCCACUUCAACCAAUGGACUGGUAGCAAUCCCAUCCAUGUCAAGCAUUUUUCGGGCAGGUUUUAGGAACCAAGUACAAGCUCAAUAUAGGAAGGAAGCCUACAUAAUGGGCUGAAUUCAGGAAAAUUAAGCCAAAAAAGGCAUGAGUCAAAAGGAAUACCCAACACAAGCAAUGACAUAUGUUGGAUGAAAUGGAGGUAGUUAUGAACUGGGUCCGCUGGCAGGAAGUGAUUAAUUCCACCCUCCUGGCUCCAGUAGAGUAUUUUUGCUGUCAUGGUAAGUUUCCCAGAUUACUACUAGUAUUCUUGUUAUUCAGUUGACUUGUUGGAUUGAAUUUGUUAAGAAUAUAUGUACUUGUGAUUUUGUUUCAGACUUUCAGUAUUCUUACUUACUUGCAGACUUGCACUCUCUGGGUUUCAUGCUUGUGGUGGAGUGUUACAUUGAAAGCACGGAGCUAGACUUUACUUAUAAUAAAUCACUCGGCUGGCAGCUGGUUUAUUACCAGACCGAUGUAGGAUUUUUAGUCUUGACAUGUUGAAUGACAAUUUUUGUAAGAAUUUGUGGACCGGGGGUGAAUCCACGUUACGUGGGCAUAACACAUGUGAGUUUACUUGGCAAUGGAAGAAAGUCCAUCUUUACUCAAAGCUUAAGCCAAUGAGUUGAACCUCCUUCAUGCCUUAUAAGCCACACACUUUCUUUCAAUUUUUUCAAUGUGGGACUUUGUGUGGGUUCCAACAUUCGGAUUGUCUCCUGAAAAGCCUUUUGGUAAUUUUAGGAUUAGCUACUAUUGUAGUUUGUUUUUUUUUUUUUUUAAAUUACAAUUAGUAGUUGGUUUUAAGUCACUGGAUUUGUGUCAUAAAGAUGGUAGAUGGUGUAUCAGUUUCUAUAAAUAGAAGACGACGUCUGUUCAUUGCAAUAAAUACUAACUAGACUAGUCAAGCAUAUUUGCUUCAGAGACUCCUAUACAUAAUAUUGUGGUAAGUGUAGGUGCAGUUAUAGCACCAGUCUGGACAAGUAUGAAUGUUGAUGCAGGAGUACUGUUUUCUUCCAUUUCUCUACUCUUCUUCUUUUUGUGUUUUUCCCACUCUCAUUGUGAAGCACAGCAUGUCUUGAAGAACUACAAUGAGAUAGAGCUUCCUGGAGUGGUUGGUCCUGAAAGCAUAGCCUUUGAUUGCAAGGGCAAAGGUCCUUAUGUUGGUGUCUCAGAUGGUAGAAUCCUCAAAUGGCAAGGACCACAACUUGGUUGGACUGAGUUUUCUAUUCCCUCUGCUGAUAGGGGGAGAGAGCUGUGUGAUGGAGCAACCGAUCCCAAGUUGGAACAAACAUGUGGGAGGCCACUGGGUCUGAAAUUCAACACUGCAACUUGUGAUCUCUUCAUUGCAGAUGCGACCUUCGGGCUUUUAAAGGUAGGACCAGAAGGUGGGGUGGCAACCCAACUUGCCAAUUCAGCUGAAGGUGUUCCCUUCCAGUUCACAAAUGGUCUUGACAUUAACAGCAAUACUGGAGAGGUCUUUUUUACUGUCAGUAGCAUGAUCUUCCAAAGAAGACAAUAUGCAUUGGCAUUCAUUAGCAGGGACAAAACAGGGAGGCUGUUGAAAUAUGAUCCUCAUACCAACAGUGUCACAGUCCUCUACAGAAACUUAGCCGUACCAAACGGGAUUGCUCUCAGCAAGGACAAUUCAUUUCUUCUGGUUGCAGAAUCAAACACACUGAGGAUUCUGAAAUUUUCUCUUACUGACUCAACAGGUGUUGGAACCCCAGAAAUUUUUGUUCAGCUCAAAAGAGCUCCUGAUAACGUAAAGAGGAACGCUAACGGAGAGUUCUGGGUGGCACUUGUUUCCGGGAGAGAUGAGAUUCGGAGACAAAAUGUUAAAAGAAUUUCACAGGAUGUAAGUGCGACAGUGAAUAUGCCCUGGUCCUUUGAAGAUCCUGUGGGAGUGAAAAUCAGUGAAGAAGGAACAGUAAUUGGUUUUUUGUCUGGUAAUGGGGGUAAAGAACUUGAUUCCAUUAGUGAAGUUGAAGAAGUUAACGGGGUCUUGUGGAUUGGGUCUGCAGUGAAACCCUAUGUUGCUCAAAUGCUUGUCUAGCAUUUCAAAUUCAAUAAUGUUCAAUAAUGGUUUCCAAUGUAUAGUUUACAAACUCAAGCAAAUAUGUGAGAUUUAUUAUGGGCUAAAUAUAAUUUUUUCGUCUC